AUGUCCCGAAGGAACUCCAUGACGUCCAACGCGUCCAUUCUGACCACCGGGUCCACGUUCAUGCGAAGCAUGUCCACUGAACAAUUAUUGGGCUACGAGGAUAAAUUCACCAAGAAGAGCAUGAAAAAGACCCCAGGAGUGGUUAAUUCUGUAGGGGUCAAGAAACUGAUUCUGGUUCUGCAACUGAUCCAAAAGAUCCAGAAAUUGACUCCUAGUCCGCCACUGGCAGGCCUGGCAAGCCUGACAAGCCUGACCCCGAUGGUACAAGGUUUGUCACUGCUGCUGCUGCUGCUGCUGCUGUCCAAUGGAGGGUUCCACAAGACUCAGAAUGGAGCCUAUAUAUUCCCCAAUGGGGAAGUGUUCAGGCCACGUAACUCGAGUUCUCCUGCCAGCACUGGCACGGGCAUCACCUCUACUGCCACUUCCACUGCCACCUCCAAUACACCUCCACAUUCAUCAUCACCAACUCCAAAAACAUUUAUGACCAAAUCCAAUUCAAUCAAUAAUAUCAAGAAAUUAAAUUUAGUUCAUUCCCUACGGGCCACCACCAAUGACACCCCAACUAAUAUCCAUAUUCUGGCCAGUUCACAUCUGGGUGCCAGUCAAACAACUCCGGGUGGACCGGGCCCCAAUCAUAGCAUGCUGGGAUCAGUUAAAAGACCAUACCAAUCGACCAAUGUGGUGAAAGAGUCAGCCUCAAAUUCGGUGGUAUCAUUAGAUGAUACAACAAAUCCAACCCAUCAUAAUUCUUCUUCUGAUUCCAAUCCUUCAUCCCUUUCGAAUUAUAAUCUCAAUCGGUCGAGUACAAACACUCCAACCACGUCUAUUAGUAAUAGUAUUGAUGAAGGUACGAUAGAUGUUAUACCUGAGAUUGAGGAAAAGAAUAGGGAGAGUAAGCGAGAAGAUACUCAUGUGUUGGAGUUUAAUGUGGGGAUAAUAGAGAGAGAGUCUUUGAAGGUGUCUUCGAAGGAGUCUCCGAAGGAGAUUCCUGAGAAGAUUCCCCAGACGAUAUCGAUUAAUAAAGAGGCUGAGAAGAUUAAGGAGAAGGAACCUCCAAAGGGAUCUCCUUCUGAGAUUCCUGAGAAGAUAACCAUUAAGAAAGGUAGUGAGAAGAUUGAGGAGACUAAGGAGACUCCUAAAGAUACUCCUAAAGAGACUCCUAAAGAUACUUCUAAAGAGAUUAAGGAGAUAAAUAAUACUAAGGAGACUCCUAAAGAGACCAAGGAAAAGAUUUCCAACGUUUCUAAAGAACUUUCCAAUGAACCAUCUUCAAAUUCUAACUCUCUUUCUAAUUCUUCUCCUUCUAAUUCUACUAAUCACACUCCAAAGGGAAGUAUAACAUCUGAGGAAAAUGAUAAAAGUGAUACAAAUGAUACAAAUGAAUCCAAAUACUCAUCUAACGAUGGGAACUCCUCCGAUAAUAAAAGUUCAAGUCAAUUAAACUCCUCUGAUGAUUCUCCAGAAACUUCCAGUCCAUCUGAAUCCAAAAAUUCCUCCUCUUCCAAUGAUUCUAUUCAUUUGAAAGACUCACCAGUGAAUUCUUCAAUCUAUUCCUCAGGGACAUCUCCAGAUAAUGCAAUUGUAUCGACCUCCAAUGAUACACUUUCAGUAAAUCCUUCAAAGAAGGAACUUACUCCAGAUACUCCCAAAAGAUCAAGACUGGUUAAGUUUGUUGAACUCCUGGAUACGUCACUUAGUUCAUCUGAAAGUUCUGAUGUUGGCUCUCCAUCAGUUACCCCAAUGAAGACCUCCAUACAACGUAUUAUAUCAAAGUUGGAUGAUCCAUUGCACGAUAAGUCACAGUGUGAUGAUUUAGAGAAAUCGUCUCUGGUUCAUAAGAUUGACCUGGAAAAGAAAAAGGUGACUCCAGCCCCAGUUACCACCUCUCACUCUUUGAACAACUCUCUUUCAUCCCAAGAAUACUCAACCCCAACAACAUCACCAUUCCUUGAGGCAACCCCAAUAAAUGAACCACACAACACCUUCUAUAAACUUCUUCAUGAUGAUCAAAAGGAGGUCCCACCCCGUGGUGACUUGAAAGUUUCAGAAAAUAAAGUCACUGCAAUCCGAGGACUGGCCAUAUUCAAUCAUCUUGAAGCUUCGGAUUAUUCUUCCGAUGACGAAAUCGAUAUGGCUAGAUCUUUUGAACCAGAGAGAAGAAACUCUGUGACAUUCGACUCUUCUGUGGCUAGUAGUCCUGGUAGUUGUAAUCCUUUCCCUUCAAGUCCGGCUUACAGCCAUGAAGCUGACACCACGUUGAUCGAGGAACUUGAUGAGAAGGAUAGUUCUCCAUCCAUUGUUGUUUCUCAAAUCGAUGAAGUGGAUGAAGAGCAAGACAAUGAAGUGGAGCAGAAGAAUGAAGAAUCAGCAACUAAGAUCAAUGACAAUACUGAUAAUAAUAAUAAUAAUAAUAAUAAUAAUAAUAAUACGAAUCUACUGACUGCCCCGGUUGCUGCCACAGUUCAUAAGGAAGUUCUCCCUGCACCUAUAAUUUCAGAAUCGACUACUACAGUUGCAGCUCCAUCCACCAAUACAAUUAUCAACGAUGGGGCCUCGUGUCUUACAGGAAUGAUUUCUCCAAAUGUUUCACCGGUGCUUCAUCCAACUAGUGCAAACCCUUCACCCAAGAUCACCACUGAUUAUAAAUCAAUGAUUCCAACAAAUUCAAUUCCUACCCUUGGUUCGGAGAAUGAGCCAAAGAUAAAUAGAAGGAAUGUAGAGGAUCCAGAGAAGAAAAAGCGGAUUGAGAAGAUGGAUGAGAGGGUGCCUAUGGUUUCUACAGCAGCCAAGUCUACUGAGAAGAAGCCUGAGUCUACAUCUACUAUUAAAUCGAUGAUAGUCCAACCUGUGACAGCUCUGUCUGUGACAGCUCUGUCUUUGAAAUCUCAACAUGUUCCCACAUCCACCAAGUCAGUAACUCCUACUUUCGCUCAACCCCGUACCCCCAACUCUAAUUCUCGUGCACAUGGCUUAAACCUCUCCAAACAAUUACCCCCUUCACCAAAACUCUUUAAAUCACAUUCACAGGAUCAUUCACCAGUCAAAUUAAAACUGACUCCAAGACUCCAAAAGGCCAAAUCUUCUUCAGCUUUGAAUAAACGUCUACCCCUGCAAACACAUUCCCAGAAACUGGUUGACUCCUUGCAGGGAGACCAUCAAGGUCAAAACCCAAAGUUUAAAAAUUUCUUCAAGAAGUUCUUCAAUAAAGCUGAACGUAAGGAGCUGUCAUCUUCGUUGACCAGCACCGCAUCCGCCACGGGGAAAUGGGCCAGGUCAAGAUCUAGCGACACGAAUACACACUCGUCCAACAACUCCUCCAUCAGCUCGUCAAAGAUUACCGUGCUUCAUAAGAUGGCAGAGCCAAUUAUGGAUGAUUUGACCUUGACCAAACUCCCGAGCAUCGAGCAUGAUGCCAACAUGUUUGACGACAUGUUACUCAGUUUCGAUGAGAAAUUCAAUCGUAAUAGUGUCAUCACCACCAAGGAAUCUACAAGGGAUAAUAUUGAUGCCAUUUUCCGAGAUGAUGAAUUGACCGAAGAUCAGAUUGCUGACCAACAAAAGAGAGAUGGUGGUGAGGAUACGGACAAGAGCCAGAGCAGUGAAGAUAUAGUGCAACCGGGAAAUGAGCUGGGUGAUGCGGACCAUCUUUUACCUGAUCAUCUCAGACAGAACUCAGAUGAACUCUAUAUCGAUGAAAACAUUCUCUUUGUACGUAAUGAAGUAUCAUGGAUGGACGAUGUGCGGUCACUUCUAGACGACAAGAACAUCUUGGCCCGGAUCCCCACCAGUGAUGAUACCACAACCUCGAACGACGAACAAGAAGAAACAUUCCUCAUCGAUAAUGAACAAUUGACCAAUCUUUUCAACAACUUGACGGACAUCCAGAGAAGAUCUCUCCCGAUGCACUUGAAGUAUAUUAGGCAAUUCAAAGACUUUGACACAUUGGAGAUUACUGUCCGUACGGGUCGCAAGCCGUUAGUCCGUGGGGCUCAACCCGUGAAACCCAGCAUUAGACGUGGCUACCCUGGCGGUAGUCACGAGAAGACGGCUGGUCCCACCAACAAACGACACGUCACCUUUGGGCACAAGAUAAGCGUCAACGAGACGUUUGCGCCAGAGUUGUACAAGCGGUACAACAAGUCAGUCACACAAUACACCUUGACCGAGCCGUACGAGAUCAACAAGAUCAAGGCCGAGUUGAAUCACUACAAAUGUAAUGAGAUGCUUGUUCAUGAGAAAUCGCAAAACAACACCCAUUUCUUUUAUUAA